CAGCCAUUUUCACGGAGAUCCUCUGCUGUCCAAAUUCCUUUCUCCGAUUUCAGUCUCGAAUUUCACACCAUUGUCAAAUUCGGUUGCGUUGAUUCUUCUUCUAUGGAUUCCGUGGCGAAGUCGGGAACUACGGCGGCGACACCGAAGGGCGCCGGCGGGAGACGCGGAGGCGAUCGGAAGAAGGCGGUUUCCAAGUCGGCGAGGGCCGGGCUCCAGUUCCCCGUCGGCCGCGUUUUCCGGUUCUUGAAGAAAGGCCGGUACGCUCAGAGGUACGGAGCCGGAGCGCCGAUCUACCUCGCUGCUGUUCUCGAGUAUCUCGCCGCCGAGGUGCUGGAACUAGCUGGGAAUGCGGCGAUGGACAACAAGAAGAACAGGAUAAACCCGAGGCACCUUCUUUUGGCGGUGAGGAACGACGAGGAGCUGGGGAAGCUGCUGCAGGGAGUCACCAUUGCUAGUGGAGGUGUUCUGCCCAAUAUCAACCCAGUGCUCUUGCCCAAGAAGAAGAUCUCUGAAACAUCAUCUGCAUCCGAACCCAAUUCCCCAAAGAAGAAGGGCGCUUCAACCUGAAUGAGCCCCAACUCAGACUAGACUUAUUAGAUUCGUUUCCGUGUAAUUGAAUAUGGUUUGUAGUUGUCAAUUGUCAGCCAUGGCAGCAGUAGUUUUUAGUGCUUAGAGAAAGGUCCCUGUUGAUUGUCCUUAUCUUCACUGGAUUUUAAUUUCUAUAUAUUUUAGUUUCAUAUUAGUUUGUAGUUAUCUGACCAAAAGUUCAUGGUGGGAAAAUAAUCAUCUUUCCUUGCUGAGUUCG